GGAGUUGGCGUUAAAAAUUGACCAGUUGGUGGGAAACGCUUUUAAAGCGGACGGCUCGUCUGGAAACACUCGUAUGAAAAGUCCUCGGUACGAGGCGGACUUGUCCAUCGUUAUGCGGUUCACGUCGCCCUCACUGCGAACCGAGGAGGGAUAGACGAGUCCGCGCCUCGAGAUCGCGUCUUCGAUCAACUAAAUCGCCGCGCGGACGAGGAGAAGAGGGCAAGCGGCUCCGUUCAGCUCGAGUUUAGCGAGGGGGAGGGGGAGGGGGGUGUAAGACAGUUUGAGACUCAUGUGAUCGGUCAGCUGACACCGGGCUGCAGAACGUGUUUGAGGUCUGGCCGACCUCUUAUAAAUACCGACAGAGGGGAAAGCGGCACUGUCGCGGUUCAGCCGCCUUUGUCCUCGUCUCACCUAGAAGACGCGUUUGCUCUGCGCAGCCGCCUCCCUCCUCCCCUCCCGUACUGAACAUGCGUCUCUGCGCGGCGCCGGCCGCCUGCGGACUGGCCCCCGCCUGGUCACUGGUGUUGCUGGUGUCCCUGUCCGGGGCUUUCCCCUCGGGUGACCCCAGCCUCGUGUUGAUGGAGCGGGUCGGUCGCCUCAACGUCGGCUUCAACUGGAGAAACCUCACCUGCCCCGUGUGCAAAGUGCUCUUCACCGUCCUGGAUGUCGCCCUCAUGAGUGAUGUGAAUGAAGAGCGAGUGGCCCGUGCAGUAGGCCAGGCCUGCAUCCAUCUCCACCUGGCUGACGAGCAGGUCUGUCGUGAGAUAACGGAGCUGUUCAGGGACGAUUUCAUCCGGGCCCUGCAGCAGUCUUUCCUGUGGCCCUCCGAAGUGUGCGCCCUGCUGGUGGGUCCCUCAUGUGGCAAAUUUGACCUCUACGCGCCCUGGAACAUCACCCUGCCCAAGGUCCCCAAGCCGCCCGUCACCCCUCCAUCCCCACCCAAACCUGGUAUGCCACAGAGCCGGAUCCUCUUCCUGACAGAUAUCCACUGGGACAAGGAAUAUGCAGUGGGCAGCAGUGCAGACUGUAAGGACCCUCUCUGUUGCCGUAAUGGGUCAGGCAGCCCCAGCUGGCGCCGGAGGGAGGCCGGGUACUGGGGGACCUACAGUAAGUGUGACCUGCCUCUGUGGACGGUGGAGAACCUCCUACAAUAUGCUGCCAAAACUGGGCCCUGGGACUGGGUCUAUUGGACGGGAGACAUACCGGCACACAACGUCUGGUCUCAGACCAGGAAACAACAGCUGUCUGAGCUAACCGUCAUCUCCAGGCUCAUCCACAAACACCUGGGGCCUAAUGUGACAGUAUACCCUGCUGUAGGGAACCAUGAGAGCACGCCGGUCAACAGCUUCCCUCCGCCCUUCGUUCAUGGAAACCGGUCUUCACUCUGGCUCUACAAUGCCAUGGCCGAGGAAUGGGCUCCCUGGUUACCGGAGCAAGCCCUGAAAACACUGAGGUAUGGUGGAUUUUAUACAGUGGAGAUCCAGCCUGGGCUGAGGGUGGUGUCGCUCAACAUGAACUUUUGUGCACGGGAGAACUUCUGGCUGAUGGUGAACUCCACUGACCCGGCCAGCCAGCUGCAGUGGCUGGUCCAGAUCCUCCAGACCAGUGAAGAGAAGGGGGAGAAGGUGCACAUCAUCGGUCACAUUCCUCCUGGUCUGUGUCUCAGUAGCUGGAGCUGGAACUACUACCACAUUGUCAACAGAUAUGAAAGCACCAUCAGCGGACAGUUUUUCGGGCACACGCACUUUGAUGAAUUCCAGAUGUUUUAUGAUGAGGCGACGAUGACCCGUCCAUUGGGAGUGGCCUUCAUUGCUCCCAGUGUCACCACCUACAUCAACCUCAACCCAGGUUAUCGCGUCUACAUUGUGGAUGGGAAUUACCAGGGCAGCUCUCGGUUGGUUCUGGACCAUGAAACCUACAUCCUCAAUCUCACGGAGGUCAACCACAUGUCUAGAGCCCAGGGCGUACCUAGCAGCCCACAGCCGGACCCCAAAUGGACCUUGCUGUACCGCGCCACCGAGGCUUUCGGCAUGUCCACAGCAUUUCCAUCCAGCUGGGAUGGGCUGCUGAAGAUGUUCCAGGCCGAUGACCGCGUCUUCCAGAAAUUCUGGUACCUGAGACACAAAGGCCAUGUGUCGGAGCCCUGCAAGGAGACCUGUAAAACCUCGCUCCUCUGCCUCCUGCGCAGCGGACGCUAUGAUGAGCUGGUACAGUGCGACCUCCUCAGUGGUUUCGGGGGGAACAUGGCCCGGGCAGCCAAGGUGACCCUCUGUUGAUCUGGUUUAGUUCAGACUGAAUGUGGCGGGGGCCCUGGAUACGACGGUGGGCCCCAACCACAUCUGAAAUUCAGCCAAAUAAAAGUGUGACAGUAUUUAUGACCACUAGUUUGUCAGUGUGCAGGUAGAUUGAUGACUGGAUAUUGAUUCUCUGCGUAAGGGCCAGUAAGGAGCAGCUUAAAACCAGUUGGCAGAUAAGGUUUAUUACAUCGGACUUGUUCCAUUGCAUCAACCCACUUCAGGGCCCUUACUUUUAAAGAGGACAGUUACUGUGGAUUUCUUACUCUGCGUUGGGGUGAGGUCUAUUUGUUGAUGAGGAUUUUUUUUUUUAAAGAAUGUGGUAUUUUGGAGGGGGGAGGGUUCCUCUAAAGAUUGCAGCGUUGCAAGAAGCUCAUGGUUUGUCACCUUCUGUUUAACACCCCUUGUCAGGAAAUGUGUGAAUUCGCACAAUGGCCGUUGUUGCUGAGCAAAGCAUGAAGAGUGAGUUAGGAAGCAGCCUGUCAACACUGAGACAGCGCCACCAUGCAGCACGUUGUGCGAUUCAGGAUUUUUAGAAGCUAACCUAGUGGGAACUAACAAAGCAUGCGAUUCUUAUUCCCCGUGGCAGUGCUGGGAUAAGUCUACAGCGAGUGAGAAAUUUACAUCAAAAUCACAUCCAAACCAUUUCAAGCAGGUUUUGAUUUGUAAUCUUACAAUGGCUGGACAUUAAAUAACGUAGAGUUCACGUAAAGGUGAAAAGUUGCUUCACUCACUUUUUGUUUUCCUGAAUGUUGAAAUUGAGCUGGCGAUCAGGAUGGGCUCUUGAAAGCAUCCCAGUAAGGGGUCCUAAUCAUUGACGAGUGUCACUCAGUUGUUCUUUUCUUUCCGUUUCGUUAGAUGGUGUAGCUUCAUGGACAAGCUGCGUGAAAAGUGCAGACCUCUUUAAAGGACAUCGGCGUGAUUCCUUUAACUGCGACGAGCACUUUAAAGAAAAUCUCCUGACUUUGGAAUAAAAUUCUCUUAAGGUUUCGUCUUGACGUUGUGCAAAUAUUUGAGACUGGCUUGCUGUCCAAAGUGUGUAUGACCAGAUGUUAGGGGAGGAAAAGCACAUUGAUCCAGAUGUGGCAUUGAUCAAAGAGGCCCCUGCCGUCAUGCAUUCUUUCCAUCCACGGAUCUUGGCAUUUAAGCUUACAUAACUUUGCUUAUCGGCCAAUAAUCAGCAGUCGUGCAUCUCUUCAGUCACUUUUCUCUGACCGCCUCGCCUCCUUUGCAAACAUGAAGCCCAGUUUGUGAAGCGGCCAACUUCAGAAAUGUAGCACCAUCAGAUUUUGAUGUGUUAAAAUCUAAACGUAAUAUUCCACAUCAACACUGUACCUUUUAUGUCUUUGCACUUUAUUUUUUUCUGCCAACUGAGUUUGAGUGGAGUGAAUCUGACGCACGGAGUGAGUGUGACGGGCGCUGGAGCUGUUCUGACCAUGUAUUUCUGGACUGUGGCUGCUGCACGUGUGGUGGAAAAAUACAAAACGAGCAGUCAUUUAAAUAAAUUCUUUAAAAUUGCAAAUAAAGGUCUUUUUGUCGA